UGUCUUCCAAUAGCAGUCUCCGAGUGCCGCGAGAGAGAGAGAGAGAGAGAGAGAGAGAGAGAGAGAGAGAGCUGUAACGAAAAUGGUGAAGAGUCGCCAGGGAGAGCGAGUCAGAUUAUACGUCAGAGGGACGAUUCUCGGCUACAAGAGGUCGAAGUCCAACCAGUACCCGAACACGUCGUUGAUACAGAUCGAAGGCGUGAACACCAAGGAGGAGGUCGCAUGGUACUGCGGCAAGCGAAUGGCUUACAUCUACAAAGCGAAGGUGAAGAAGAACGGAUCCCACUACAGGUGCAUCUGGGGAAAGGUGGCCAGGCCUCAUGGGAACAGCGGUGUGGUUCGUGCCAAGUUCAAGUCCAACUUGCCCCCCAGAUCCAUGGGAGCGAGGGUUAGGGUCUUCAUGUAUCCGAGUAAUAUAUGAGGUUGAGCAGAUACCAGGUUGAGGAGUAUUAGGAAAAUAGAAGGAUUGGGUUCAAAUAGCUUCCCAUGCUGAUAAGAGUUUUUCUUUUCCCUGUUUAUUCCAAUAUUUCACAGCUAGAAUGACUAGUUAUUGUUUGAUACCGUUUCUUUUUUGAAAGGGAGAAUGGUGCAUUGAGAAUGUAUGCAAGUUUCUAGUUAUAAGCCUCUGUGGGAGCUUAGAUAUUUUUUUCUUGGUUAGUUGCAUUCCUGAUUUUCUUUAUUACAUUGAAUUAUACAGAGUGAGUAACCUUACUUCAAUUUAAUGUGGACUUGUUACCUUGAAGUAAUUUUCUUUUAUUUA